UGCGUAACUGUCUAUUAAUUAUUUUUGUUUGAGAUUAAGUUCAAUAGACAUUUAAGAUGAGUAAUAUAAAUAAUUUCAAACCUGAAAUGUGUAUUAAGAAUAAAGAUCAUUUAUACAGACUCAUAAUAAGUCAACUCUAUUAUGAUGGUUAUUCCACAAUUGCUUCAAGCUUAGCUACCCUAGUAAACGCUAAUCCACCUUGUGCUCCAUCGGAUCGACUCAUGCAUGUAGUGACAAAAGGUUUACAACAUGAAACCGAUAGACAAAAAGCAUUUGAACAAGCAUUAAACUUAAAUCCAAUUCAGCAAAUGUUAAUUGGACCAGGCAUUGACUUAGAAUUUGAAACUAAUGUUAUGUGUACUGCUCCUGAACCGUCGCUGUAUGAAACUGUAUAUGUAACAUCCCACAAAGCAGCCUGUAGGGCUGGUGCAUUUAGUCCUGAUGGCCAGUUAAUCGCAACAGGAAGCAGUGAUGCAUCAAUCAAAAUUUUGGAUGUUGAAAAAAUGCUGGCUAAAGUACAUGACAUUGGCAGUACUGAUAAUCAAGAAGGACAGGGUCAUCCAGUAAUUCGGACUUUGUAUGAUCAUAUGGAUGAAGUGACAUGCUUGGAGUUCCACCCUAAAAACCCAAUUUUAGUUUCGGGCUCUCUAGAUUGUCAUGUUAAACUUUUUAAUUAUUCAAAAACAUCUGUGAAGAAAGCCUUCAAGACACUUAACGAUGUCGAACCUAUAACAUGUUUAAGUUUUCAUCCCGAUGGAAACUAUAUGGUAAUGGGCACCAAUAGCCCAAUCAUAAGGUUUUAUGAUAUAAAUACAGUUCAAUGUUAUGUUUGUUCAAUUCCUAGUCAUCAACAUACUGGUCCUAUUACAUCAAUAAAGUAUGAACCAGGUGCCAAGUAUUUUGUGUCUUCUAGUCGAGAUGGUUCAAUUAAAUUGUGGGACGCUAUAUCUAAUAAAUGUGUUAACACAUUUGAAAGAGCACAUGAUGGUAGUCAAGUGUGUUCUGUGACAUUUACAAGAAAUGGAAAGUACAUCUUAUCAUCAGGCAAAGAUUCUGUAGUGAAACUUUGGGAGUUAUCCACUAGUAGAUGUAUGAUUGCAUAUACUGGAGCUGGAACAACUGGAAAACAAGUUCAUCGUGCACAAGCAGUGUUUAAUCAUACUGAGGAGUAUGUCAUGUUUCCAGAUGAAGUCACUACAUCUUUGUGCGCAUGGAAUUCACGCAAUGCUUGUCGGCAGCAACUUUUAUCUCUAGGCCAUAAUGGACCUAUUCGUUCAAUUGUGCAUUCUCCAAAUUCAGCAGCAUUUUUGACUUGUUCUGACGACUUUAGAGCUCGUUUUUGGUAUACAAAACACUUGAUUGGAACAUAGAUUGAAUAUUUUUUGUUUUUAUGCACAAACUUUUUAUAUAUUUAAUUUUGAAUAAUUAUUUAAUGUACAUUGGUAAAAAUAUAUAACUAUUGUAUUCAUUGAAAUGUACAUUUUUAAUUAAAUAAUAUUUUCAACAUUUCAAAUUAUACAUAAUAAUAUACGGAGUAUGGAAUUUUUUGGUGUAAUAGUUAAUGAUUAAAUUUAAAAAAUAUAUAACUUAAAAAUUAAAAUGAACAUAAAUAUUUAGUCAAAAAUGAUUUUGAGAAUGCAUCUCAGACUUGUGUUUUUACCGUCUUAUGAACGUACAAGUGAACAACAUAGUAAAAUUGUAUUCAAUUUGUGUAGUAAGCUUUAAUUAUAGAGUUAAUUGAUCUA